GAAGCGGAAGCAGGACGCAUGACGCACGACGAAGUCUCUCUUGGCCCAGCAACACGCAUGCACUGUAACCAUAGAAACAGACCAUACUGUUAAUUAUGAUCGUUGUUCUAUACUGUGCUGAAUGUAGCCUGUCGCUAGCUGGUUAGGUAGCUAACAUUUUUUUUUUGUGGGGGAAUUUGUCGUUGAUGCCACAAGUUAUGGUUGUACGAGUAGAAGAAGUUGCUGCAUCGCUUGUGCGGGAAUUUCUCAGUCGGAAGGGACUCAAGAGAACGAUUGCCUGCAUGGAUGAAGAGCAUCCCCGUACAGAUGCCAGCAUCAACAAUAGAUCCGAUCUGCGACAAAUUCUUCAUUUGGAAGGUCUAUAUAAAAACAACAAGGCCCAAGACUGUCCCCUGAAAUCAAUGUUGGAAAUCAUUGUAAGACAUCACAUUGAAGGACAUAAAGAGGACAGGCCAGGCUUCAACAGUGAUGUCAUCCAGACCGUAUCAACUACACAGAAGUUGGUGACAAAGUCUCCAAUAUUGACACCAACAGUGUAUGACCACAGCAGGGCAGAAGAGAACACUACUGGAUUUAUUGUCAACAAAACUGACAUGUCAAGGUCACUUUCAGGGGUUGUCUGUCCACCUCAUGGUACAUUAUCAUCAUUUGAAGUGUCAGAUACUCCCCAGAGAAGUUUCUGGAGCCAUAGCCUUUCCUCGGAGGGCCAGCAGGACCGACAGCCUGUACCCUCCUUCCUAGACAAUGACAGCGCCGCUAAAAGGGAGUCCUUUUCAGACAAAAACACGGUCGUCAUCACAGAGAGUACUCAUAAGAACAAAACAAGUUGCCUCAGACGAGGCAUGAUGGCAGGUCCCAUAGCUAGUUCCCCCCAGGAAUCGAAUAGAAAACGUCAGACUCGACGGUUGGGAGGCCCUAAUCUUCUUCUGGCAAAUAAUGAAAACCACAAAAACAUCAGCGAUGGGCCUCUGUUGACGACUGUCCAGUCACAGAGAAUGGUUAAAGGGUUGACAGAGCUCUCCACUGCUGACCCCAUGAGAGAAAGCCAACAGCCGCGGCGCAGCACACUGGGAAAAGGAUUUGAUGAAGAUGGCUAUGGGUUUGAGAGAGUAGGAAAAGACAAGCACAAGACCAGCAGAACAAAAGCAAUGACCAAUCAAAAUGUUGAUCUGCACAUGUCGGAGAUGAUUUUGGAUGACAUUGAUGAUGAUGAGGAGUUGCGUGAGCUCUCCAGAGUGUCCUGCCACUCCUCCAGUUUGCCUCCAACCACUUCUGAUAGUCAACCCAUGGACCAGCAUACUGCCAUUGCCCUGAAAGAGCUCAUCCUUGGCUCCAGCACCAGUUGUUUCAGUGCCGAGUGGAGGAGUCAGAGUUUCACUUUCUCCGAUGCACCUGAUCUGAGAUAUGGGCUUGUUCAGAAGAAGGGUGGUCCUUGUGGAGUUCUGGCUUCAGUCCAGGCUUGUAUUCUGCAGAAACUUCUGUUUGAGGGGGCCGGCAGCGACGCAGGGCACCAGAAAUUAAGACCCUCUGGUGCUGUGAGAACAAAGUGCCUCACUUUAGCCACUGCUGAGAUCCUGUGGAGGGCUGGGGAGGGGAAAAAAGCCACCAUUGCCAUAACAUCAGGAAGAAAUCAUUUCACCCCUACAGGACACCAUAGAUCUGAAGGAGUACUAGAAAAGAUGACAUGUAUUGAUGUUGACAAUCUAAAGGACCUUCAGUUGCUUGUGGAACAGCAUAUUCAGCAGUUUGAGUCGGGAGCCUUAGGGUGUAUAUUGCUCACCAUCUCUGCUAUUCUCUCCAGAUCUAUUGACCGGGUUAGAGAGGAUAUGGAUGUCCCCAACACCACACUCAUCGGAGCCCAUGGCUACUGCACACAGGAGCUUGUCAAUUUAUUGCUGUGUGGACAGGCUGUGUCCAAUGUCUUCAACAACAAUAUGGAGCUGGAUUCAGGCAAUGGAAACCUGACCCUUCUCAAGGGAAUAAGAUGUCGCAGUGACAUUGGACUGCUGUCCUUAUUUGAACAUUAUAAUAUAUGCAAGGUUGGCUCCAACCUGAAGACUCCCAAGUUCCCUAUCUGGGUGGUGUGCAGUGAGAGCCAUUUCAGCGUGCUCUUUGGUGUGCAGGAGCUGCUGAGUGACCAGUGUGUGAUCGGGGAGUUUGACCUGUACUACUACGAUGGCCUAGCCAAUCAGCAGGAGGAAAUCUGCCUAACUGUCUGUACCUCAGGAAUAUCUGCUGGCUGCCAAGGUGUGGACACUGAUCUCAUUCCUCCUCUUGAACACUGUAUACGGACCAAAUGGAAAGAUGCCAUUGUCAAUUGGAAUGACACCGAGCCCAUACUUUGACUGGCUAGUGGAUAGAAGGUGAUGACUGUAGAUGAGACUGGGCCUACCCUAUGGCUGAACACACAAAAUAUACUGCUUUCUUAUUGCAAAAUAUGCCAUUUAGCAAACACUUUUAUCCAAAGUCAUUUAUAGUCAUGCAUGCAUUACAGAUUAAAUAGAUUUACUUACAGUAGCUGUGCAUGGGUAAAAUCACCCCCCCCAAAAAAAAGCCAUAUUACAACCUACUGUGUGUGUUGUGAUAAUUGCGUUGUUUGCUCUAGAACAUGUUAGUUCAUAUGCCUUGCCACUGUGAUAUAUAGGCCUAAGGCCGAGACCGUAAGAAGACAUAGUGGCAGAAUAAAUUCAACCACACCUUUGUUUAGUCACAAAACCAGAGAGAAACCUCUGUCUGGUGAAGUCCACAAAUCAUAUUGCUUGUAGCAAACAGUUAUAUGACCUACAACAUGGUCAAGCAAGUUAAUGUUUCCGACUUUUUACUAAACAACUAUUGAUUUAGAAGCACAGAGAGUUAACAUAAGGGGCUGCCUCCACUAUUCCAGGCACCAUUUCUACGUCAACAUUUCAACAUCAUCAAGUCAAAUCCCCUGUGCUUGGUCUAAUACAGUGACAACUAAAAGAUACCAAAAAACGAUUUGGUCCUAUCAACGUAAGCUAAAUGUGAUGUGGCGGCUGUCCAUGGUUCUGCUUUCUCUCUCUGUGUGUUCGUGCAUCCGUGCAAGUAGAAUUAACAAGUUGACUCACCCUACUUGUAGAGAAACGCCAAUGCCAUCAUCUCCUUUCAUGUCGAUGAAAUGGUCUAUGACUCUGUCAUUCAGUACAUGCUUUUAGUUUUUGCUGUCCUAGGCUACCUGGCUAAAAUGCUUGCUAGCUUGCUUAACUUGCUUUCAUGGGCAACAAUGCGCCAGGCCAGUUAGUUAACAUUAGUCUACUAUGUCUAGCUACAUAUUGAACUUCCAUCCUCUCAGGCCAGGGGCACAAUGUAUGAAUUAAUGUUUGGAUCAUUAUCACCAUUAAAAUCAUUGGCCCGUACGGAGAAUUAAAGCUGCAUUGUGUAACUUUUUGGGCGUCCCAACCAAAUUCACAUAGAAAUGGGAGUUAUAGAUCUAUCAUUCUCAUUCAAAUCAAGUCUUAAGAAGUGGUAGAUCUGUUCUAUUGUGCACAUUUUUUAUGCUUCCCGGUCUUAAGUUUGGUUUUUGUGUCUCUUACUUUCGGUUUUGUACACCAGCUUCAAAUAUCUGAAAAUAUUUUUGGUUAUAGAAAAUAUAUUUCACUGUGGUUAAGAUAGUACAAUGAUUCUCUACACUAUUCUUGCUUGUUUUGUCACA